AAACUCUAUGGUUCAGCACUUCAAUUGUCAGAAAAGAAGAAAAGAAAUCAACAUUUCAAAGACGAAUAGCCCAAGGUGUCAAUCAGGGUAUAUUAGGUACAUUUUUUGUGCAAAAUAAAAUUAGUUUAAGGCCUAAAUAAAAUCAACAAAAUGGGAAAAGGGUUUAAUAAUUACAUGUGCAAAAAGUUCUUCCAUCCUGCAUCAAGAGAUAAUUUAAAAAGGGUAUGGAUGGCAGAACAGAAAACAGAAGCUUACAAGAAAAAACAAGAGGAAUUACGUGUUCAAUAUGAGAAAGAACAAGAAUUACAUGAAAACAAGGCAUUGCUGAGCAAAGAUAGUAAAGAUAAAUUGAGCCUGAAUUUUAUGUAUGAGCCGCCCCCAGGCGUGAAGAAAGAGAGAGAACGUGAAGAUAAUGAACCUGAGUACAAAUUCGAGUGGCAACGCAAGUACAAUGCACCCAGGGAGAGCUAUUGUAAGGGAGACAAUGAAAUCCGUGACCAACCUUUUGGUAUACUGGUCCGCAAUGUGAGAUGUAUCAAGUGUCAUAAAUGGGGUCACAUAAAUACAGACAAAGAAUGUUCAAUGUACUCCUUAUCUAUGAGUGAGGCUCGUGCCCUGCAAGCCUCUACUUCAGCUCCUGAAGAAGAAGAGGAAAAACCAGAUGUUCCUACACUAAUGCAGCAGAUGAGAGAUACUGGUUUGGUCAUGAAACCUGGAGCUCUACCUCUGUCAGCUACAAAAAUUGAAGAAAAUGAUUCUACCAGCUUCACUGAACAGGACCUCAUUAGUCAACUGACUAAAAAGCAGAAAAAGAAGUUGUUGAAGAAAUUGGAAAAAAUGGAAAAACGGUCCGAUAAAAAAAAGAAAGAGAAGAAACAUAAGAAGUCCAAGCAUUAAGAGGUUAGCGCGCAUUUAGCUUAUAAUUAUGAGCUAAAGCUAGUAUCUGGCCAUGGCCAGAAUCUCCAUUUACUCUAUGGCCUUAGAAAUAUCUACCUCAAGUGGCCUAGAUUGCUGAAGCUCUUCAAAAGAAGCAGACUGGAAGGAUGUCGAUAUUGUGCAUGUGCUUAUUGUUUAUUUUUAUUUGUAGGCCAGAACACCUUGCAUUACUGUUUCAAUUAUGGUAUACAGUUUAUAUCAAUUCUAUUAAUCUUCGAUUUUAUUGUGAAUAAUUGAACAGUUGCAUUAUAAUCCAUUUAUACUUUAAGCCUGCAGAUAUUUAACAAUUAAAACAUUUGUUAAAAAUAUGCAGUUAAUAUAAUUUUAUUGAAAAGACAUUUCGUCUUUCUCAUCUUAAAGUUGAAGCAAAUCUUAAACUUUACUUAAGUUUAUUAGUAUGUUUUAUUAAUUUAAUCUUGAAAAAUAAACACGAAAGUAUAUCAAAUAUUUUUUAUUUCUCACGCAAACAAUAGAUUCAACAAUAUCACAGUAACUUGAUCAUUAACAUCUUUAAUAUAUAAUUAUAUAGAAUUAAUCUUGUCUAACUUAAAAAAAAUAUAUAUUAACAAAAUAUACU